CUUGUGGUGUCUCUAACUUGUGGUGUCUCUAACUUGUGGUGUCUCUAACUUGUGGUGUCUCUAACUUGGUGUCUCUAAAUUGGUGUCUCUAACUUGUGGCGUCUCUAACUCGUGGCGUCUCUAACUUGUGGUGUCUCUAACUUGUGGUGUCUCUAACUUGUGGUGUGUCUAACUUGUGGUGUCUCUAACUCGUGGUGUCUCUAACUCGUGGUGUCUCUAACUCGUGGUGUCUCUAACUUGGCGUUUUCCCAUCGAAGUGCUUCUCGUUUCGUCUCUCAGUGUAAACUACAAGCUGGCACCCACUCCACGAUUCAUUUAAAAAUGUUCAACAUUUGUUCCAAUUUUCUUGUCAAUGUCCGUGUUUCUGAUUCAUGCGUCGUAGCAGGUGAUAUACGCUGAUGAAAAACGUCAUUCUUAUGCACACUGGUAUGCUGCUUUUCAUGAUUUAGUUCAGUUCUCUGUGGCAUCAACCCAAUGUUGUGCUUAUUUCCAACCUCUGUUUUACCUGCUAAACAUAUAAGGGAACAAUUCCCACGCUGGUAGAUUAAUCUAUUCAGCAAAGUUGCUGUGCUUUUUGGACCUUCUACAAGUACAACCACAGCCAAAGACCGUCAGCAGUGGCAGAAGCUACAGGACAUUGCAGCCAGGGAAUGUGCAAUCUAACAAGAGGAAAAUAAAAACAACUAGAUUUUAAACGAAACCUCAACACAUACUGCCAACAAGCUAAACAAUCAAUUUUGCAGUGGAACAAAAUGACCGGCGUGAUGUGUCUUAGCCAAACAGGAUGUGUUUGUUUAUAAAAGUCCCGUUUUCGAGAAAGGCGUGCGUCAUGAAAACAGUACAACAUAUGGUCAAUUAACAAUCACACGAUGCGAAUGUGUGUCUCAUUCUGUUAUAGAUGUGGCAUACUGGCAUUUUCUUUACGUAACAAGAUGAUGCUGGCGAUUACAAGAUUUUACAAGAAAUGUAUUCAAUGUAGUUUUUGCAUGGCUAUCUCAAAUACAGUGGCCCUCGGAUAGGAUUGUUAAUCCCGAUGUACACUAACGAUCCAUUCCCGUUCCUUCCAUCCCCUUGAUGGUUCCGAUGCCUACUUGAGCCUGCGGUGAUAGUGUAAAACAAUAAGCUGGCUGGCUCCAACAGGAUACAACUAUACGCAGACCGGCUCCAUCCAGUUUCUGUCCACCUCUAAGGUCCAUAUCGGACGUUCCUGCUACUUUCCCACUCGCUCGCCUUCCUCCUCCUCCUCAGUCACCACCCCACCCCGGGCAAGAAUAAAAAGCUGCAGACACGCUUCCGGCCGGCCAGAACCCUCUUGUGACUUUCAGGAGUCACGCCGUGAGCUGCAGAGACAUGGAUCGGAGAUGCGCGCCUAUGCUUGCUGCCUUGCUGUUGGUGACGGUGGGCGCACAGAGCGGCGACCACAUGACCGACGGUCGGGAGAUGUAUGGAAACGACACCAUUUUCCUAAGGACAUUCGGAGGCACGUACAAGCAGGUGGGACACAACGGUUCGCAGAACGGCGAAGACUUCGACAUCAAUAGCGUGCUGCGCGACCAGCAGUCGCAGGAGAAGGCCCGCCUCGAGGGCUCCGCAUGGCUGGAGGUGAGCCAUGAAGUCGAAGAGCAACUAUCUGGCUCCAUCACCACGGUCCUUCUGCCCACCAUUUACAUCCUGGUGUUUGUGGUGGGCCUCCCUUCCAACGCGCUGGCCCUGUGGGUGCUGUGCUUCCGCGUCAAACCCAAGAAACCGUCCACGAUAUACAUGAUCAACCUGGCCGUGGCCGACCUCUUGUUCAUCCUCUUGCUGCCCUUGAAGAUCACCUACCACCUCAGAGGGAAUGACUGGCCGUUCGGUAAGAUCGCGUGCCACGUCUUCCUCACCUCCUUCUACGGCAACAUGUACUGCUCCAUCCUGCUGCUCACGUGCAUCAGCGUGGACCGGGGCCUCGCCAUCGUCUACCCGAUGCAAUCGCUGCAGUGGAGACGCAACCGCUACGCCAUGGGCAUCUGCGCGGGGACGUGGGUCGUCGUCCUGCUGUCCACCGUGCCGCUGCAGCUGGUGAACCCGCUGGCGUACAUCGACAACCUGCACAUCACCACGUGCUACGACGUCUUCCCGAUCGACACGCUCCCGGGGUUCCUCUUCUACUACUACACGGUGCUUUGCGUCCUCUGCUUCCUCGUGCCGUUCCUCGUCACGGUCGCCUGCUACGCGCUCAUCAUCCGCUCGCUCGCUCGCACGCUCAGGGACGGCGACGGAAACAAGCGGACCCGCUCCAUCCAACUCGCCGCCCUCGUCCUCCUCACGUUCGUCCUCUGCUUCGCGCCGAGCAACAUUGUGCUGCUGCUGCACUUCGCGCUGCUCCGGUACAAGGGCGCAAGCGACCUCUACAUCGUCUACAUGCUCUGCCUGAGCUUCAGCAGUCUCAACAGCUGCCUGGACCCCUUCGUCUACUACUUCAUGUCCACGGAGUGUCGCCGCAAGCUGAGCUGGAAGGUCAGAGGGCUGGCCAAGGGCGUCUCCAGCACGUCGCGGAGAUACUUCAGCAGCUUCAGCACUCACACCACCAGCGGAUCGACCUACAGCAACGGCAGCUCCAGGUCAAGCCGCCAGCUGCUGCCCUCCGGUUGAGCGGGUCCCGCCAAGAGUGGCCCACACACCGCUUUUCCACUUGCACCUCAGAGCCGUGCUAGCACAGGGGCCAGCACGAUGCGGAUGAUUUUCCACUGGUAUUUUACCGAGCCGAGCCGGAACCGAGCCAUGCUACGCUGACCUCACAAGACGUAUGAAUCUGCCUGAGGGCCAAGCUGUGUAUAAAAACAGGGUCACAAGCACAUUUAGUCACAACACAGCAUCGCCACGCCACGUACAUGCGUCUUGAAGUCACGUGUUGCAUGCCUAAGCUCGUGCAGUGGAAAAGCAACCCGCACUUCUCCUAACCAGUGCCGCGCUGGAUCGGUAUAGCUCCGGAACAGCUUGGAUGUGCAAGUGGGAAAGAGGCAUUAGUUUCCAUCCAAAAUACCCAGAAAGGGUACAGAUAUCACUCGUCACUGAUAUUGGUCUUGGGCAGGGAUAAAACUGAGGUUACUGGGUUCAGAGCACAGUGCACUAACUCACUGAGCCACCUCUCCUUCCGAAUCAAUGCAGUAUUGUGCUCUCAAUGAUACAGCCCUCAUAGGCACGUACGGCAUCCACAGCUGUUAGCAGCUUGCGCUUUGAAGGGUUCAUUGUGGUUUUAUCUGCGUUGUUCCAGUUAUAUGUGGUUUCCACUCGUUUAAAACGUGUUGUUUUUCCUAUUAUUACUGAAGCAUACGUAUAUAAUUAUGCAUGGUGACAUACCGUCCAUUAAAAAAAACAAUAUUACUAACAUACAGUAUGUUGAUGUUUCUAAACCUGCACAGGUAUAACAAUAACACCAGUAUUGUAACACAAUAAUAAUAAUUAGCGUUCCCUAGCCAAGAAUGCCUCACUGAGUCUCAAGACUAUUUUUUUAAGGAAGGCCCUGCAUUGGAAUGUUUUGCCAAUCCCACGAAUUAGUAUUUCGCUUCAUGUGGGAAGGAAACCAGAGGACCUGGAGAAAACCCAUACAUAUGAUGGGGUAACACUCCACGUUCUGCACAGGUAUAGGUAAUAAUCUAUUGCUGUACUGGCAAUCACCUGGCCAACUCGUCCUCCAACAACUGGUUUCCCAGGUAGUUUCCCAUCCAAGUACUAAGCAAGCUGAACCCUACUUAGCUUCCAAAAUCUGAUGAUAUCGGCCACAUCCCAAGGGAUUUGGUCAGUCAACCUGCAUGUUUUAUCCUCGGCCAUUCUGAUGCAUUUUAAAUAAGUGGCCUUUAGGCACCAAACGAAAAUCUACCCGAGACCCUGACCUCGAUAUGUACAGCCUCUGUAGCCCCAGCUCUGAUAUACCGAGGCAUGGCUGUGGUUGGGAGGAGCACGCUGCUUGUAUGUCAUAAUGUUCACGCUUGGAGAUAUGCUGUAUUUAUGAAUAAGUUAUAAUUAUACCAAACACACACAUUUCCCUUAAGCUCUGUAUCCUGGAUAUUGUUUACUGUUAAUGAACAAAUAAACGCUGACGUGAUAAACAUAAAA